AUGCUUCGGUCAUGGGUCGGCAGCGGUACGCUCCGCUCUCUUUGCGUUCGACGCUUGACUCGGUCAUCUCUUUCAUCCCCUAAAGCCCCGUUCUCCUCCGCGGCAAACCGCUAUCUCCAACCGCCGGCCUCCGCAGAUCGCGUUCCCCUCCGCAAACAGCUCAAGCAGGAAGCUAAAGCGCUUCGGUCACACAAGAAACAACGCAAGGAAACAGAGGAGGCUUCGAGGCAAGAAUGGGAACUCACAGUGGGCGUGGAGAUCCAUGCGCAAUUGGACACAGAGACCAAGUUAUUUUCCCGGGCAGCAACUUCGACAAGCGAUACUCCCAAUUCCAACGUUGCGUUGUUCGAUCUGGCGUUUCCGGGUAGCCAACCGGCAUUCCAAAUCGCAACACUCCUACCGGCUCUCCGCGCUGCGAUUGCACUGAAUUGUGAGAUACAGCCAGUCAGUCGGUUUGAUCGGAAACAUUACUUCUACCAGGAUCAACCCGCGGGGUAUCAAAUCACACAAUACUAUGAACCAUUCGCACGAAAUGGCUACGUUGACCUGUUCGAUUACGAUGGAAUCGCCCCGGAAGACGGUGAACGGGUUCGUAUUGACAUCAAACAACUCCAGUUGGAGCAGGACACAGCCAAAUCCCAGGAAUACCCGCCCUCAACACAACUUCUCGACUUCAACCGUGUGUCCCACCCUCUUAUCGAAAUCAUCACUAUGCCGCAAAUCCACACUCCGGCAACGGCCGCAGCAUGCGUUCGAAAACUACAAGCCAUUGUACAAUCGUGUGGUGCCGUGACUACGGGAAUGGAGAUGGGCGGUCUUCGUGCAGAUGUCAACGUCUCGAUCCGACGCCGAGGCGAAGCACCCGGGCAGCACCAGUACGAUGGGAUCAGUGGGCUGGGUCAGCGUACCGAAAUUAAGAACCUCAGCAGCUUCAAGGCGGUAGAGGAUGCCAUCAUUGCUGAGAAGAACCGCCAGAUCGAGGUGCUCGAGAGUGGUGGUGUCAUAGAAGGAGAGACACGUGGAUGGACGAUCGGCAGCACUGAAACUCGCAGACUUCGCGGCAAAGAGGGCUCGGUCGACUACCGCUACAUGCCUGACCCUGAUAUUCCACCACUGAUCAUUGGAGAGGACCUACUCUCUAGCCUCAGAGAAUAUAUUCCGACAGCACCAGACGCUCUUCUUACACUGCUCGUCGGAUCUGAGUUUAACCUGCCAAUCGAAGAUGCCAAACCACUCAUCGAGCUGGACAACGGAGCCCGCCUCGAGUACUAUCACGAUGUGGUGGAUAUCCUUCGCACUCUUCAAGUAGACCAAGACGACAAAACGCGUGCCAGUCUCGCGCGGGUGGCAAGCAACUGGGUUUUGCACGAGCUGGGCGGUCUCUUGGCCAAGGCAGACCAGGAAUGGAACACGGAGAUCGUCCCAGCCCGAUCCUUAGCUCAUCUCAUCGACCAUCUGCAGCGGAAACUCAUCACCGGCCCGACAGCCAAACAGGUGCUGGCCACCAUCUUUGACGGGGACCAACGACCAGUGCCGCAACUACUGGAGGAGGAGAAUCUCCUACUGCGGCCGUUGUCGCGGGAGGAGUACCUAGCGCUAGCAGAGUCGGUCAUUGCGCUGAACCCGCAGAUGGUCGAGCAGAUCCGCACCAAGAAUCAGCUGGGUAAACUGGGUUGGUUCGUGGGGCAAAUGAUGCGCAAUGGUGAAAAGGGCCGCGUGGAGGCGCCCAAGGCAGAAGAGAUUCUCCGGGAGUUGAUUCUGGGAUAG